AUGACGUUUCGGAGGAGCUGGACUGCAAUCACCUACCAUCCAGCCCUAAAAAAUGCAUCGAUAACCUUGGAUUUCAAUGGCACUGCUAUCUGGGUUUACUUCAUCAACGCGAAUAAUGCAGGAACAGGGGUCACUACACACACUUUGGCCAAUUUCACGAUGGACGACGAUUCGCCCGUACUCUAUCAGAAUGUACCCAAUAUGACGAAGCUAGGGGAGGAUUUCAAUGCGCUGGCAUAUUCACGAGAAGGCUUGCCCCAGGGACAACAUCGCCUUCUGAUUUCCAAUACUGGUGACACCGACGCAUAUAUGAACUUCGACUUUGCGGUCUACUCGUAG